AUGUCGGACAAAAUCGCGGGCGAAGAAGAACAUGACUUAGAUGACAACAUCGAAAGUCGGUCCAUCGCGCUUCCCGGCGCGGAGGGUCUCCAGCGUCGACUGAAUAAUCGCCAAGUUCAGCUGCUCGCCAUCGGGGGAUCCAUUGGUACCGCCCUUUUCAUCACCAUCGGCAAUGCGGUAGCUGCCGGUGGGCCUGCCAGCUUGCUUAUCGCUUUCACUGUUUAUUGUGGCAUCCUUGCCUGUGUUAGCAAUUGCGCCGCCGAAAUGACAACCUACAUGCCAGUCGAAGGGGGUUUCAUUACUCUUGCUGGCCAUUGGUUCGAUGAUGCUCUGGGCUUCAUGGUCGGCUGGAAUUUCUUUCUCUAUGAAGCUGUUAUGGUCCCUUUUGAGAUUACGGCCAUCAACCUCCUCCUGAAGUUCUGGUCUGAUAACGUCCCGCCUGUCGCUAUUUGCAUUGUCUGCAUUGUUCUCUACGCUGCUAUCAACUUCAUGGCUGUCGGUGUCUUUGGUGAAGCUGAGUUCUGGCUGUCCUUGGGUAAAGUCAUUUUGAUUUUCAUCUUGAUGUUCUUUACCUUCGUGACUAUGGUAGGCGGAAAUCCUCAAGGUGACGCCUAUGGGUUCCGCUACUGGAGCACUCCUGGCGCCUUUGCAACUUACCGGUCUGAAAGCAAUUUGGGUCGCUUUGAAGGAUUCUUAAAAGCCAUCUGGAUCGCCGCCUUUACCAUUGUUGGUCCUGAAUAUAUCUCAAUGGCAGCCGCUGAAGCAAAGUCACCUCGCAUCAUCAUUAAGAAUGCCUAUAAGACUAUCUACUGGCGCUUUUGUUUGUUCUUCAUCAUGGGGGCUAUCUGUGUUGGUAUCGUCGUCCCCUGGAAUGACCCGACACUUCAAGCACUCCUCAACGGCACCUCCGAGGCCUCUGGUGCCGCUGCAUCCCCGUACGUUAUUGCUAUGACCAAUAUGCAGAUUGAGGGUCUCCCGCAUUUAGUCAAUGCCCUUCUACUCACCUCCAUCUUCUCUGCGGGCAACACGCUUUUCUACUGUGCCACCCGCUCCUUGUACGGACUCGCCAUAACCGGUAGGGCACCUUCGGUUCUCAAGAGGACCAUGCGAGGUGUUCCCGUGUACUGCUUUGUGGUUACCCUUUGUUUCUCCUUCCUAUCCUUCCUUCAGCUUAGCAACAACAGCUCCGAAGUUAUUGGUUGGCUUGUUUCAAUUGUGACAGCCGGAGGCCUCAUUAACUUCAUCGUCAUCUGCCUCACCUACCUCAACUGGUAUAGGGCUUGCAAUGUUCAAGGGUUUGACCGCCAGUUGCUGCCCUAUUACGCAAGAUUCCAGCCUUACUCCGCCUGGAUCGGUCUCAUUAGCCUCAGUGUCAUUGUUGUCUUUUACGGCUACGCGGCGUUUGCACCGUGGUCUGUCGCUGCUUUUUUCCAGAACUACACCAUGCAAAUCAUUGCCCCUAUCCUUUAUUUUGGCUGGAAAUUCAUCAAAAAGACAAAAAUGGUUAAGCCAAGCGAGAUGGACCUCGUCUGGCAGGCCCCUGUUAUCAGUGCUUAUGAGGCUACUGUCACCGAACCUGUUCAAAGUUUUUGGGGCGAGAUAGUUGGCCUGGUUGGAAUUAGACGCAAGGAGAAACCUUCGCAGAGCCAGGGCUAA